AUGAUGAAAACAAGGCUAGUGGAAUCGUUGAGUCAUCAGUUGGAAGAGGCCGAUAAACAAGCCAUUACGGAAUCGGGACGACACCAAAAGGAGCGGGAGGCAUUUCAGGAGAGACUUCUGGAAUUGGGUCGAGUCGCUGAGCGUGUCCCUCUACUGGAAUUCGAAAUUGAACGCUUACAACAGGUUGUUUGA